UUUUCUCCCUCUUUCAAAAUUACCUUUUUUUUCGAACCUUGAUUUAUUUUAUUUAUGAUUUAUUUUAUUUACGUCCUAUAUAAUCCAAAGUGGUUGUAAUAGGAACUUAGGAACUGAAUUUUACGUGAAUGUAAGUAAGUUUUACUGAUGGAAGGAAGAGGAAUAAUGGAAUAGCAGUGAAGGAGUGGUUGGUGGAGGUCUUUUUGGGAAUUUCGACUGUUCUGCACAUAGAACUGAAUUAUAAUCUAUUUUUUUUUCAUUGGAAAAAGACAAAGGAAGUUGUUCUGAUAUGGCGGAUGCAGUAUAUAUAUUUAUUUAUGUAUGCAUGUAUAGAACACUGGACCACAGUGUGGAGGUGGUCCAGUUUUGAUCUGGUGAGUCAGCAGGUACACCUUGAUUACCUUGAAGCUGGCGCAGAUAUUAUUAUCACAGCGUCCUAUCAGGCCACAAUUCAGGGGUUUGAAGCAAAAGGCUUUUCUAGAGAACAAAGUGAAAACUUGCUUAAAAAAAGUGUGGAUAUUGCCCUAGAGGCAAGGCGUAUGUAUUAUGAAAGAUGUAGUAAAAGUUCUAGUGGUGGAACUGGAGAUGGUAGGAUACUAAAAAAUCGUCCAAUCUUGGUUGCAGCAUCUGUAGGCAGCUAUGGGGCUUAUCUGGCUGAUGGUUCUGAGUACAGUGGGUGCUAUGGUGAGGCAAUGACAGUAAAUGCUUUGAAAGAAUUUCAUCGAAGAAGGGUUCAGGUCCUGGCUGAAGCAGGUCCUGACAUAAUAGCAUUUGAAACAGUUCCGAACAAGAUAGAAGCUCAGGCUUUUGCUGAACUCUUAGAUGAAGAACACAUAAAGAUUCCUGCAUGGUUAACUUUCAACUCAAAAGAUGGCGUCAAUGUAGUUAGCGGCGAUUCUUUGCUUCAGUGUGCAUCAAUUGCUGAAUCUUGCAAGCAAGUUGUUGCUGUUGGAAUCAACUGCACGCCACCUAGAUUUAUUCAUGAUCUGAUUUUAGCAAUUAAGAAGGUCACUACCAAACCCAUAGUUAUAUAUCCCAAUAGUGGUGAGAGGUAUGAUGCUGAUCGGAAGGAAUGGGUGGAAAAUACAGGAGUCUCAGAUGAAGAUUUUGUCUCUUACGUAAACAAAUGGUGCGAGAUUGGGGCUUCGCUUGUAGGAGGUUGUUGUAGAACUACUCCAAAUACUAUCAAAGCCAUAUACAGGGCACUUUCCGAUAGAUCCCCUGCAGCACCCGGGCAGAAAUCAAAAACAGCAACUUGAUUAUAUAAGCAAAUGGGAUGCCGAGGUGCCUUUUAAAUUUCUAACUUGUUUCCCAUGCUUUAGUCUGAAGAGAAUGCUUGCCACAAGCUUUGCCUUACAUGUAGUAGUUAAUUGCUGUUGUAGCAGCCGCUAUUUUCGUUCAUGAGGAGCAUGCAUCUUGUAUCAGUUUCGGGUUUCCCACUCUCUUGUUUCACGAGUUAUAUUAUUUUGGUUCUAAUUGUUGUUUCCUAAAGGUUAAAUGUAUUAGCCUGGCCCUUUGAAGGUGUUUGGUAUGCAUGUUAUAAAGUACUCAUUAAUCUGGAAAUUUUAUUAGUAGGAAUCUGAUUUUCAUAUUUGGUAUAUGCUAGAAAGUAUUCACUUUCUUGAGAAUAUAA